GAGGCUGGCACCGAGGGGUGUGGCAAGGGCUCUAAAAUCCCGGCAUUCUCGUCGUGCCGACGCCAAGAUGGCGGCCCCCAUGUUGCGGUGCUUUUCCCGGGGCCGGUGGUUUGGGAGCCUACGCCCGUCGGGAGUUUUGUUCCUGGGACUGCGUGAGGCCCAUUCGGGCGCCCGGGGGUUGCUGGCGGUGCAGAAGGCUCGAGGUCUGUUCAAGGAGUUCUUCCCCGAGAGGGGCACGAAGAUAGAGCUCCCGGAGCUCUUCGACCGUGGAACGGGCAACUUUCCCCAGACCAUCUAUUGCGGCUUCGACCCCACGGCCAACUCGCUUCAUGUGGGGCAUCUGCUCGCUCUGCUGGGCCUGUUUCACUUGCAGCGAGCAGGCCACAACGUGAUUGCGCUGGUGGGAGGUGCCACCGCGCGCCUGGGAGACCCGAGCGGCCGCACCAAGGAGCGCGAGGCCCUGGACGCGGAACGCGUGCGAAGCAAUGCGCGCGCCUUGCGCCAAGGGCUUGAGGCCCUGGGGGCUAAUCACCAGGAGCUCUUCGCGGAUGGGCGGCCCUGGGGAAGCUUCACGGUGCUGGACAAUUCGACCUGGUACCAGCAACAGCAUCUGGUGGACUUCUUAGCCGCCGUAGGCGGCCACUUCCGCAUGGGGACGCUCCUGAGCCGGCUGAGCGUCCAGACCCGGCUCAAGAGUCCCGAGGGCAUGAGCUUGGCCGAGUUUUUUUACCAGGUGCUCCAGGCUUAUGACUUUUACUAUCUGUUCCAGCAUUAUGGAUGCCGGGUCCAGCUGGGUGGAUCAGAUCAGUACCUGAAGCUCUUCACUUUCCUGCCCCUUCCAGAGAUUGACCACAUCAUGCAGCUGCAUGAGAAAGAGCCGGAAAAGCGGGGUCCUCAGAAAAGACUUGCUGCAGAAGUUACAAAGCUUGUUCAUGGACAAGAAGGCCUAGCUUCUGCUAAAAGGUGUACACAGGCCCUGUACCACAGCAGCAUAGACGCCCUGGAGGUCAUGUCCGAUCAAGAGUUAAAAGAGUUGUUUAAAGAAGCUUCAUUUUCCGAAUUAGUGCUUGACCCAGGAACAAGUGUCCUAGACACAUGCCGCAAAGCAAAUGCCAUUCCAGAUGGUCCCCGAGGGUAUCGGAUGAUAACAGAAGGUGGAGUCAGUAUAAAUCACAGACAAGUAACCAAUCCCGAGAGUGUUUUAGUCGUUGGACAACAUAUUCUUAAGAAUGGACUUUCAUUACUUAAAAUAGGAAAAAGGAAUUUCUACAUUAUAAAAUGGCUUCAGCUAUGAUGAAAAAUCCUUCUGGUGGUUCAGACAAAAUGCAUCCAUCUCAUUCUCAAGAUGUAUCAGAGGUUGGCUCCAGAACACAUACUUUCGUUCACACAAGCCAAACAAGAGAGAACGGAGUACACUCUAGGCCUCAGAGUGUGUUACGGAUGACCACAGAAAACCAUAAUUGCCAAGGAUAAUCUCUUUUAAAAAUUCUACUUCAUGAAAUGACUAUUGUAUCCUUCUUGCUCUCUUUUUAGAGAUGAGAAGAACAGUGAAAAAAGGGGCAGAAUACGGACUCUUGGGCACUUUUAUAUUGGAUGUCUGUCUCCCUGAACUUACACCAGCAGCGUCCCCAGUGCUCACAUUAGAAAUGUGAAAGAUGGUACUGGAAACUGUAGAUUUCUGAAUGUUUUGUUUAGGAAGCAAAUGUAGUUCUCCUUAACAUGGAGUCCUAGUUGGCAGUAGAAAUUACAGUAGAAAGUUUCCUUUCAAAGAACAAAAACUAGUACUUUUGAGAAAGUUUACAAUUCCGUUUUCUAGUCCCUAUGUUUCAGUAUAAAUUUACUCAGCCUUGUUUUGCUAGAUUACUAAAGUAGCAAUAUUUUAUAAAUCUGGAAACUUAGUUUCAAGUUUCAGCUUCUGUCCCCAAGCAGACUGCAACUUGAGAUAAACUGAAAAGUAAAUUAGAAAAUAGAGGCAAAUAUACAAAUAUCCAAUCGUCUGAGACUAUCAUAAGAUAUCCUUCUGGUAAGGAAGUUUGCAGGUCACAUUUAAAGGAUUUAGAAUCAAGACUUAGUUAAGCUGUACAUACAUUAGGGAGGCCAAUUCUCAGUACUCUCUCUCUCUCUAUAUAUAUAUAUAUAUGAAAAGUCAAGAUAGUUAUCACCCCUAUUUCCCUGAGAACCAAGUGAAACACAAAUACAAAUGGUUCACAAUCCAGUUCCUUCUCGAAAACGUUAUAAGCAGCAAAGCAUGGCUUUCCUGCUCCAAUUCUAGCCAUUUACUACCUGGAAUACUUGAAACAAAUCACUAUGCUAAUAAGUAAAAAUGGAGAUUUACUGGUAGCUCUGUGAAUUGUGAGAAUUCUAUAGGAAAAAAGUUGUAGUAGAACUUUCAUAUAGCAUAAGCUGUCUUAUGUUCUGAUUAGAUUUAUAGGUUAAAGUGCGAUAGUUUAGCUAAACCUUUCUCUGGGAGUAAAAUUGGGAAGAAUUCACUUAUUGACAAAACUUUAACGUCAUUUUGUACCAGCAAUUUUAUUUACAUAGCAAGAACAUACAGGCGUCCGUGGUCAAUAUCAGAGAUCAUCUCCACAUUUCAGAGCUUCACUCGGUUUGAGAGCCCAUAAAGGAAGGUUUUCUGAAACUUUCCAUACCUUUCUUGACUCUGCUUUUCUUGUACAAGGUGUGUAGUGCCAGCAAGUACAUUACCAUGGCCUAUUUUUAAAGGGUAACAUUUUCAAUUUGAAAUAUGUUUGGUAUGCCAGGGAAUGAUACACUGUCGGUUUCUCCGCCCUUACAAAUUCAGAAGGCUGGAAUGGUGGUCAUCUGAUGUAUAUGAAGUAAGUAAAUCAUGGAUGGCUGUACUGAUGUUGAAUAAUGGCAGAGUGAUUUUGGAGUGUGUGCUAAUGAGCGUUUAGGUAGUAUUCUAUCAAGAUGGUACUAUUAACAGAUUGAAAGUAGUACCAUGUAAGAUUGAGUCUGGUUUUUUGAGAUCAGUUGCUGAGCCCAUUGUUUAGCCAAGUUAACACACACACUGUCCCUGCCAGUAGUCCUUCAUAAAUGUCGUAACAGAAAUAUUAUGUUCAGUAAAUUCUGUGUUGCUGAUACGAUCUUUUAGAGAUGGAGCUAGAUGCCUUAAGGAUUUUGACCCAUGUCUUAAAAUUUAUAAUGUAAUUUGCACCAAGAAUCACCUGGGGAAUUUUAAUAAAGUGUGAGUUCUAAACCUCA